AUCAGUUGAUCGUAGAUCGCGAACGCGUUUCGUGCUUCUGGGCCGCGCGGAAAUGUCCUAAGCUUCUCACGAUUAGUGAACCGUUUUUGGUGGGUGUGAUUUUGUUUUUUGUGUUCCUUCAGAGUUGUAAAUUGUGUUUAUUUUGAAUCACCAAGGUUUUGUGACGAAUUUUCUUCGAGUAGAAACAUCGAAUUGAGUAUUGCGUUGCCGAUAGUGGGAACUGUGGAAAAUUAGCAAACAAAGUGGAAAGUGGAAACAUUUAAGCCAGUGCAGGCAGUGGUGGUGUGGUAAAAGUGCCAGCCGCGGCUGCUGUGGGUGACACCGAUUUCGGUAUUAAUGCGAUUAAGCGGUACAGCGACUGCUAAUGCCAAUUGAGUGGAUUAAGAAAACGGGCAAUGUGAGCAGCUGUGCGGAAAAAUCAUCUGGUGUCUACCCUACCUACCUGUUUCAGGGACAAAUCCAAGAAGGAGAAAGUGUAAAUAUCGCGCAUUGGCAUUUGAGUGCACGUUUUGGAACCACAAAUAAACGACAUUUGGAAUCUGAAUCGGAGAAAACCGAGCGAAACCCGUAAACCGUCUUCGGACCGUUAGUUUACUUCCUCGCGCCGUCGCGCCGCAGCUUAGCGUGAAGAAAUUCCAGUUUAAACUGCGCAUCGUCGUUAACCGGUUUCGCCCCAUAGAUCACAUGCAGCAGUGCGCACAGGCACAGUAAUAGUCGACCCGCGCCUCCAGCCAGCCAGCCAGCCAUCCAGCUCCUAGAAUUGCGCGCAGAUUUGCUUGGGGGAAGGGCGCGUUUAUCACCGGAGACGCCACCACUGCGACACGAAGUAGCGGCGGAGCGCGUCUCGUACGGAUCAGCCAGUCAGACGACCGGUAGUCAAGUCAGCGAUCUCAUCCUGAACCAGAUAUCGGCCAAACGAAACCGAUAAACAAAAUCCACGACUUUAAUACCUACGUAGAGGAAGAAUAGUCGUCGUCGGUCAAUAAAAGAACAAGUGGAGCACAGACAAACGCGAGCAGCUGGGUAGACAGACGGAAAUCAGUGCAGCGCGCGGGUAGUUGACGUUGAUUUUAUGAAAGUGCUAUAAUUGAGGAACACACGACUCAAUUACUUCAUUUGCCCCGUAUAUGUGCCGACGGCGGGUGGUGGGUCGUUGCAGUCUCGAGAAGCGAAAACAACCGCUCCUCGUCGGAGAGGUUCAAGAAGAUUGAGAGCAAGCAACGAUCAGUGCCAUUUAGCACGGCCCCUGCUACCGGUUCGGUUCAGUCAGGCAGCGACGGGACUGCUACAGUUCGCUGGGCUUCCUACCACACCGACCGACCGUAGUUAGGUCGAUGCGAAACAGUGUUGAACAACUGGAUUGUUUUCGAUAAAAAUAGGUUAACGAUCUUGCCGGACGAGAGUGACCUCUGUGUGCCGAUAAUUGUGAACACGAGUGCCGUGACUGAUUGUCCAGUUUGAUUGGAGCCGCAAACCGGUGGUGAAGUUUUGAAAAAGGAAGGCGCCACCGAAGGCUUCGCCGUAGUUCAACGGCAUCCAGAAUGUCGGCUUUGGGUGAUCUGGCGCAGCGGAGCAGGGUCAUGUACGUGAACAACAAUCCUCCGGUCGUGCCUACAGUCAUGUCCCUGGAGGAAUCCCGCCGAACACAGCGCCCCUACCGGUAUGGCAUGAUACUGCUGUGCGUGGGUGCUUUAGUCAACUGGCUCGGGUUAGCUCAGGACUACACAGAACCAAUUCGGUACACCGGAGUGGCGUGCAUUUUGGCCGGAGCAUGCCUAAUCUGCACAGCCAUGUGCUGCUGGUUGCAUACACCAAAUAGAGCCGGAUCAACAAGUGAGAACGAUGAUCCAAUACACGUAAUCAGCGCUGCCGAGGAGCGCCGCUGCGAGAAACCACCCGACUAUGACACCGUGGCGACGGCGCCUCCCAGCUACGACGACGCCAUCAAGCUGGACCCCUCGGCGCUGCUGCAUCAGCACGCUCCCCCAGCAACGGUACCUGCCGCCACAGAUGUUAACCGUGCCUCCACAGUAGCCAAUCCGACAACCACCUCCAGCACCAGCCCUACCUCUAGCUCAAGCUCGUCGCCGUUCAGCUUUUCCAGCAUUCUGGGCCUAGCCAGUCGGAACGCAUCGGCAGCGCCGACGGCUCCACUGGAACCGGCCAGCAUAACAGUCGAGCACGAGAAACCACCGCCAUACGAGGCCAACAGCCGUUCCACGGCGCAUCCACCGGCCAUAGUCGCCGCUAUUCCGAUCCAGCUGAACCCAGCGAUUUUGGUUCCCAGUAGCAACUAAAAGUGUUCAAAGAGCCACUAUGCGAACAGUGCGUGAAAAGGUGCGCGUGGAGAACGGUAUGCUUGGAAUCGGAAUGUGCGGCGUUGUUAGUGUGAACGAGCUCUAUUUGUAAUCGAAAUAAGUCCUCAACUGAAUCCACUCCACUCCGUUGUUGCGAGUGGAACAUACAGUGACCGCAAGGCUGUGCUCAACUUGUAACUAUAUUUACUAGAUUUAUAUUCAUUCUGAAUUGUCGUGUACUUAUUAAUACUACUCUAGCGUAUAAGAGAAGACUUAUAUUUACUAACUAUACCCCAAAGCCACUGCAUGAAUUGCGCGAUGAACGGACGCCGAUCCGUUCCGGGUCCAGUAUUAGCAAGCUGAAUCCGCUGCCAAACAUUUUAAAGUUGUUUUCAGAACCAAUUUGUGCAAUAGACAGAAUCAAAGCAAAAGCAAAUUUUAGAUGUAGGGCUUAAGACGCACACUAGUUACUGAAUUCUUAAUUCGUUAUACAUAUGAAUGAGAUGUUUUUAAGUGAAUCCAGUUCAACGGUCCGCAACCAUUUAUUUUCCGGUGUCUCAAUAGUUCCGCGAUAGACUGCGGGGAAGCUAUAGGCAAACUGUCACGCUUAGACGAGCCUCAAUGGAAGAAGUAAACUUUGUAGUGCCGGCAGUGCGCGAUGGAGAUUUGAAUUUCACGCAACGGUGUGUUUUACCGCAGAUAGCGGGCGAGUAACGUCAAAUUAUGCGAAUUUUGUUAGACAGACUUGAGUGAUAUAAGCGAAUAUCGAACAAUAAACCUAUUGUGAUAAAUUAUAA